AUGAGAUCCAAGGGCGGAGAUCGGGAUGAGAAGAAGAUAUUGAGAGGUUUGGCGCCCCUCAUCUUCUCGGCAACUGUACGUUCACAAUUCUCUCUAUUUCCCUCGAUUUCCUUUCUGGGGUUUGAUCAAAUUUUGCUACUUUGGUAUAAUUUUCCAUCUUUUGCUUCUGACAGGCCCUUUCAGCCAAAGGGUUAUUCUGACCUUGGAGGAGAAGAAAGUGCCCUACAAAUUGCACUUAAUCAAUCUCAGCGACAAACCCAGUGGUUUACGGAAGUGAAUCCAGAGGGGAAGGUGUCUGUCACUGAGGAUAAACUUUUUGUCUUCAGGAAGAUGAGGAGACAAAAAGAAGUACAAGGGGAUGCAUUUAGCUUCCACUUUUGAGGUUCCAAGCACCCAAAAUGUCACAUCUCGCCCCGGGGGGGACCACUUCCCGGGCCUGCUCCACUACCGUAGCACGAUAUUGUCCGCUUUG